AUGGCUUCCCAUCUAUCAACCGGCGCUGGGAUCUCCCUGGCUGAGCUGCCAAAAUCAAACAACUUCACAUCUAAAUUACCAGCUGAUCCGGCUUUUGAAACACCAGAGUCUUCGCAUACUGCGCCGCGGGAAACUCUGGGACCUCGUAUGGUGAAAGGAGCUCUGUUUACCUAUGUCCGUCCGGAGCAGUCCGAUGAGCCAGAAUUGUUGAGUGUGAGCUCCAAGGCCAUGAAAGAUUUGGGACUAAAGCCCGAUGAAAAAAAUUCAUCACAAUUCAAAGCACUGGUCGCUGGGAAUGAGAUCUGGUGGAAUGAGGAACAGGGCGGAAUUUAUCCGUGGGCCCAGUGUUAUGGAGGAUGGCAAUUCGGUUCAUGGGCUGGACAACUUGGAGAUGGGCGUGCAAUCAGCCUUUUCGAGUCUACCAACCCGCAAACAAAUACGCGAUACGAGCUGCAACUAAAAGGCGCAGGAAAAACACCAUAUUCACGUUUUGCGGACGGUAAAGCGGUGCUCCGGUCGAGUAUCCGCGAAUAUGUGGUCUCUGAAGCCCUCUCUGCCCUUGGUAUUCCAACCACCCGUGCACUCUCGCUCACUUUGGUCCCGAAUGUUAAGGUACUGCGAGAGCGUCUUGAACCAGGAGCAAUCGUUGCUCGAUUUGCCGAGAGUUGGUUAAGAAUUGGCACCUUUGAUCUUCUUCGCGUUCGUAAAGAUCGUGAGCUGAUCAGAAAACUUGCGGUAUAUGUCGCAGAAGAUGUCUUUGGAGGGUGGGAAUCUCUUCCCGCUAUUGUGUCACUCCGUGAUCAGAUAUCCGCCGCUGAGAUCGAUAGUCCCUCCAGGGGCAUUUCUAGUGACACGGUACAAGAACACCAGGAUGUACAAGAGAAUCGAUUUUCCAGAUUGUAUCGGGAGAUUGCUCGCCGCAAUGCAAAGACAGUAGCCGCAUGGCAAGCCUAUGGCUUUAUGAAUGGAGUGCUGAACACUGACAACACAUCAAUUUAUGGCUUGUCGCUGGACUAUGGUCCGUUCGCAUUUAUGGAUAACUUUGAUCCCGCGUACACUCCGAAUCAUGAUGACCAUAUGUUGCGAUACAGCUACCGAAACCAGCCAAGCAUUAUUUGGUGGAAUCUGGUUCGACUUGGUGAGUCACUUGGUGAGCUGAUUGGAGCUGGAAGCCGAGUUGACGAAGAGAGCUUUGUGAAUAAUGGAGCAUCGGAUGAGUGGGAAGCCGAACUUGUGAAAUGUGCAGAGAACAUCAUCGAACGUACAGGCGAGGAGUUCAGAGCAGUCUUCUUAAACGAAUACAAACGACUGAUGGGCCAGAGACUUGGACUCAAGACACAAGCCGAGUCAGACUUCCAGACCCUCUUCUCAGAGAUGCUGGACACACUCGAAGCACUUGAGCUGGAUUUCAACCAUUUCUUCCGUCGUCUGUCAGGGCUACCACUGUCCAAGUUGGAGACUGAAGAAAGCCGAAGGGAGGUGGCCGCGGUUUUCUUCCAUGCUGAAGGCUUCGGCGGGAUCGGCUACACUGACGCCACCGCCAGAGAUCGUAUUGCGAAAUGGCUUGAUAGCUGGCGGGCACGUAUUCUUGAAGACUGGGGGCCCGGAAAUGACGAAGAAAGACAAAAUGCUAUGAAAUCAGUCAACCCAAAUUUUGUGCCCAGAGGCUGGAUUCUUGACGAAGUCAUCGAGCGCGUUGAACGCAAGGGAGACCGAGAAAUUCUUGACCGGAUCAUGGAAAUGUCUUUGAGCCCGUUCAAAGAUCAAUGGGGUCUUCACAAAGAAGAAGAAGAGCGUUUUUGCGGGGAUGUCCCUAACGCAGUGCGUACAUGCAGCUCACUUGACGAUAUCAAUGGUGUAUAA